GGAAAACCUUAUAUGGAGUUCCAUGACACAUGCAGGACAUCAGCUACGCCCCCUUUUAGAACACUUUGUAGUGUGCACACUAAAUCAUAGUCAGUGGGAAACUACUGUCUCUUUUACCAGACAUCUAGAUAAUUAUAGAACAAAUUCUGUGGGAAGACCAAUUCUGUGGGAAACCAUCUAAUAGGAGCCCAAUCUGUUCCUGUGCUGCAAAGCACAAAUGGCUGAAGACAGCCAUCUAUGCAACACUCCUUUGCAUACUGCAGCAAGCUUUGGACAAUUAGACAUUGUCAGUAGGUUACUACAAUCAGAAGAGUAUGACGUUAAUGUUGUGAAUUCAAGCCAGCAGACUCCACUUCACAUUGCUUCGAUCAGUGGUCAUAUUGAAAUCGUCAACUUCUUGGUUAAUGAAUUCAACGCAGAUAUGGGAGUUGUUGACAUUCAAAAUAAUACACCGCUACUUCUUGCUGCUGAAAAUGAGCAUGUAGAAAUAGCUAUUGUGCUUAUUCUGACAUCUGCUUAUGGAAGAAGGCACAUGAGGUCCAGGCGGAUAGGAACACCUGGUCGUGUGUGUACUUAUUUUAGUGAGCAACAAAAAAUGGUUAUGCAGAGAUUUAUAUUCCGUUUUAAUGAUGACACCAAAGCUAAAGACAGAAGUGUAAAGCUUUUACGUGCCCAGUUCGAAGAUCUUUUUAUUAAGAGUGAUGACUCUCCGAUUCAAUAUGAUGAAAUCAAACCAUUUAUUCCUGUGUUUUUAGCAGCUUUUCUAGGACUUCAACAUGCUAUAAGUGUAAUUGCUGAGAAAUUUGGGGGUAAAAAUAGCCUCAAGAACAUUACAAUUGAUGGCUUGUCGCUCUUACAUUUUGCAUGCUUUGGAGGACAUGCAGAUCUUGUUAAGAAUCUCGUAUCUGAUUAUCACUUCGAUUACUUACUCAAAGACAAAAGAGGAUGGUCAGCCUUGCACUUUGCUGCUUGUGGUGGUGAUGAAAAAACUGUCCAAUUGCUGAUAACGGAGUACAAAUUAGAUUGCUCUGCUAUUGGUAUAUUUGGGGAAACUCCUUUAUGCAUAGCAGUUUACAUGGGAAAUCUAUGUACAAUAAAAAUUCUGAUUGAAGAGUUUAAGUGCAAUCCUCACAUCAAAGCCGUAGGAGGCUACACAGUGAUUCACUAUGCAUGUAUAAGUGGUGCGAUAGAUGCUAUAGAAAAACUUAUAAGAGUUUAUCAUGUUAAUCCUACAGCUGCUAAUGAUCAAGAUGAAACUCCACUGCACAUAGCUGCUUUUUAUGGUCAUGUUAAAAUUGUCCGACAACUUAUCAUUGAUCACAAUUGCGUUCAUUUAGUCAAUAAAACAAAUAAGACUGGUUACUCUCCAAUUUGUGCAGCAACUAAAAACGGUCACUUUAAGACAGUGCAAGUAUUAAUUGACGAGUUUAAUUGUGACCCUAACGCAAAACGAUGCGAGGGCUGGACGAUCCUUCAUUAUGCUUGUCAAAGUGGCCACACAGAUUUUGUGAACAAAUUAAUGGCAAAAUAUGAUCUUGACUUAACAGUAGAAACCAAUGAUGGAGACACUCCUUUACAUUUAGCCACUUCUUACGGACAUGCUGAAAUAGUGCAGAUUUGGCCUGUAAAACAAAUACAUAUCAAAAAAUGUAAUAAGCAUGGAUUCACCCCACUCUGUCAAGCAGCUCGAAAUGGGCACACAAAAACUGUAGAAAUGCUAGUGGAACAGUUUAAGUGUGAUCCGACUGAUAAACAAGUUAAUGGAAAGACACUUCUCCAUUUUGCUUGUCAAGGAGAUCAUACAAAGCUUGUAGAUCAAUUAAUAAAAAGAUACCACCUGGAUCCAUCCAUUAGAGAUGAUGAUGGAAACACAUCUUUCCACACAGCUGUCAUAAAUGGCCAAGUUAAGACUGUACGGCACCUUACAAAAGAGCACAAGGUUGAAAGCCACAUUCCUAAUGUGUAUAAUACCAACCCACUAGUUCUUGCAAUUUUGAAUGGAAAGAAAGAUAUGAUGAAUAUGCUGGUUACAGAAUUAAACUUUGAUAUCCAUAUUACAGUUGGACCUUGUGGUUAUUCUCUUGUCCAUGUGGCAUGUGUCCACGGCCAUACAGAAAUUAUAAAAGAGCUAGUUCAUAUGCACAAUUUAAGUCCAAAUGCAUUAGAUAAUGAUGGAAAUACGCCUCUGCACCUGGCUUCUCUUCAUGGGAAAUACGAGGCAAUUAGAUUCCUCAUUUCUGAGUGUAAUGUUGAGCGUAGUGUUCAAAAUAUCAAUCAAAUGACGCCACUUUCGCUUGCAGCAGCCAAAGGACAUAGAAGUACAGUUCAUAGUUUGAUAAAGGAAUUCAACUGCAAUCAUGAUGAAAAAGGCUUCAAGGAGCAGUCCAUUUUGCAUUUUGCAUGCACACAGGGCUAUUUAGACUUGGUAACUGACCUCAUCACAGAAUACAAGCUUGAUCCAACAGCUACAGAUAGUAACGGUAAUACUCCUCUACAUCUAGCAGUGUACAACGGGCACAUCGAAGUAGUAAGAUACUUGUUUGAUAAUUGCACUCUAGAUACAAGUUUUGGAGUAGGCAAUCAUUCUGGUGAUACUGUAUUACAUGCAGCCGCUCAAAAUGAGAAAACAGAUAUUGUACAGUAUUUAAGUACGAAACACAAAGCUGAGGUUGAGAGCCGCAACAAAAAUGAUAACACUCCACUCUUGCUUGCAGCUCUACACGGGCAUUUUGAUACGGCGCAAAUACUAAUUGACCAAUUCGGUUGCAACCCUCGGGCCAAAGGUUACAAGGGGCAAACUCUUCUUCACUACACUUGCUACACUUGUAAAGGUGAGCACACAAAGCUUACAAAGCAACUGAUAGUGCAGUAUCAACUUGAUCCUAUGGCUAAAGAUGAUGACGGCAAUACUCCUCUGCAUUUUGCUGCCGCAGCAGGACAAGUUGAAAUGAUUAAGUUUCUAAUUACUCAAAACACUAAAGUGAACUGUCUUAACAGAACUGGCUGGACCCCACUAUCCAUGGCAGUUUUUUAUGGCAAAAGAGAGACUGUUACAAUAUUGAUAGAGGAGUUUAACAGUGAUGUACAUGUUAAAGAUUCUCGUGGAUUUACUCUUGUUCACCUAGCAUGUGCAGCAGGUCACGCUGAGCUGAUGGAUAAAUUGUUAUCUGAUUACAAUUGUAACCAAGACGUUUCAAUAGGGAAACUUACCAUUUUUGCUGUUGUGAAAGGUCUAUCUCACAUGUUAAAGCAUCUUGUUACUAAGUACAAAAUUGAACUUAGUAGAUUUUUGCUGUUUCAAGCAGCCUCAAGAAAACAUACGGACACUUUGAAAGUCUUAAUAGGAGAUUUUAAAUGCAACCCUCUCGCUAAAGACGCAAAUGGCAAAGGAAUGCUUCAUUACUUUGCUCAACUUGGUGGUAGUACAGCUAUAAUGGAUGAAUUGGUGAGCAUGUAUCAUCUUGAUCCAAUGUCUAAAGAUAUUAAUGGCAAUACACCACUGCACACAGCUGCUAGCUUCGGACAGCUUGCCAUUCUAAAACACUUGAUUACUACGUAUAAAGUUGAUAUUGACAACUGUAACCAUAAAAAUUCCACAUCACUAUGUCUGGCAGCACAAUGUGGGCAGAAAAGUAUUGUUAAACUACUUAUUGACGAGUUCAAUUGCAAUUCUAAGGUCAAGGGCUAUAACGGAUGGUCUCUUCUUCAUUAUGCAUCAUGCAGCAGUAAAUCAAAGGAACUUGUAAAUGAAUUAAUAUCAAUCUAUGGACUAGAUCCCACAACAAAAGCUACUGAUGAAGACACUCCAUUGCAUAUAGCAGCCCAAUUCGGUAAUGCUCUGAUUCUUCAAUACUUCAUAACAGAGAAGAAAGUGGAUAUUAGCGACAUGUUUUUCACCUUACAUUGCUUAGCCGAACUGAGUGGAGAUAAGAACACAGCAGAGCUGUUCUUAGACAUUCGUAUAAUGGGUGACAAACUUCCUGCUACAUAUACUAACAAUCAAACACUUCUUCAUGGGUAUGCAUAUGAAGGGAAUAAAAUAAAUAUUGUCGAUCAACUAAUCCAGAGAUUUGGCAUUAACCCAAUGGCUACGGAUGAACGUGGUAAUACACCACUGCAUAUUGCUGCUUCCAAGGGGAAAAUUACGAUACUGGAGCAUUUGAUUAGUCGAUAUGGCGCUCAACUUGACAGCCGUAACAGCAACAACUACACUCCACUUGGUCUAGCAGCUGUGAAUGGUCAUGCAAGUAUAGUAAGAGUUCUCAUUGAGAAAUUCAAUUGUUAUCCACAUGUGAAGGAGUCUGGAAAUGCAACUGUUCUUCAUUGCGCCUGUCAAAGUGGAAAUACCGACUUAAUAGAAGAACUAACACUUAAAUUUUCGUUUGAUUUGUCAGCUCAAGAUGAAGAUGGUAAUUCAUGCUUGCAUGUUACUGCUCAACAUGGGCAUACAGAUGCAUUCCAAUACUUGAUUUCGAGGUUUCGUAAGGAUGAACUAUGUGUAUGCAUUAUGCAAAAAAAUGCAAUAAGACAGUCGCUUUUACAUAUGGCAUGCUUCAGCGGAGAUAUAAAGUUAGUGGAAUUAUUGCUGAAUGAAUUUAAGCUUCCAUUACUGUCGGCUGAUCACGAAGGCAACACACCUCUUCAUAUAGCUGCUAAACAGGGCAAUCCUAAAUGUGUAAAAACACUACUUUAUGAGUACAAUGCUCCUAUUCAUAUUAAGAAUUUUAGUGAACAAACAAGUGAACAACUCGGGAAAUUGUCAUUAAAAAAUGCAGGUCAUAUCAAUAUUUUAUUUACCAAGUAUAUGAAAGAAAAAGGAUCAGAUAUACAAAAACACUAUGAAGAAAUUUUAAAGCUAUCACAGCUGCAGUAUCAAAACAGAAAACUAACUCGAAUAUUUGUUCUCGGUCAUCAUGGGGGUGGUAAAUCAACUCUGGUGGACACAUUAAAACACUCCUUUGAGACGAAUUCCUGGUUCAAAUUUCGUUCACCCAUUAAGCCCCACACAGCUGGUAUUGUACAAAGUGUUGUAGAUAGCCCUCAGUAUGGACGACUGUUAAUACAUGAUUUUGCUGGAGACAGUGAGUACUAUUCUUCCCAUGCUGCAAUUCUGAAAAAUUUUGAUUCUCAAGCGGGAUCCAACAUAUACAUAAUUGUUUUAAACCUAACCAACACAAACGAGCAAAUCAAACUCAGAUUUGGAUACUGGUUAAAUUUUAUUUCAACGUUACAAGAUAAUUCAUAUAUAUUACCAGUUGGUAGUCAUUGUGAUACGUUCUCUAAUAAGUUUCCUGUUCUUAAAAAAACGACCAUCAUAGAUGAAACCGCACAUGAAUUCGUUUCUCAACUAGAGCUAAAAAUGCAAGUUUUAAACAGUGAAGCUAUUGACUGUCGUAAAAAAGAUGAAGUAAUCGAGUUUGUAGGAAACAUUAUACAGCAGGUUUCCACAGCAGCGCCUUCCUUUGAACUAACACUAGAAGCGAAAUUCCUCUGUGGCUUUUUAAAGAAGGAGUUCUCAGAAAUCCCUGCUUGUAGCAUCAGUAAAAUUCUCAAGCUUAUAAAACACAAACAAGUCCCAUUGCCUCGUGAAGAAAGUAAACUCUAUCUUGUACUUAAAGAGCUUUAUCACACAGGAUUAAUCUUGAUGAUUGAGAAAGAAAAUGCUGCAAUACAAGAUUGUUUGGUGAUUUUUCAAUUGCAAAAGAUAGCAGAAGAGUUACACAAAAAACUAUUUUCUAAAGCAGCUAAGAGUGCCAUAUCAUCAAAAAUCAAUUCAAUACAACUAACUGCUGGACUCAUACCAGAGUCUUUACUACCAGUUUUUCUCCCAGAACACAUAACAAAAGAAUGUUUGCUUUACCUUCAGUACUGUCAAGAACUAAAGGAUGUGGAGAUUUCAGGAGAUUUUACUUUAACUACAUCUGAACCAACAAUGAUUACUGACCAAGAUAGUGAGUCGGAAUCUAUACUAUUUUUUCCAGCACUCUGUGAAGUGAAGAAGGAAGGCACCUUCUGGAUUAAAGCGAGCUGCGCAUUUGGAUGGUAUGCCAUAUGUGAUCGACAGCGAUUUGAGCACUUCCCAAUUAGAUUCCUUCAAGUACUUAUGAUACGUAUCAUACACAAAUUCCCAUGUAAACAAUACCAGCCUAGAUCUAGGUCAAAUUUAGCUGUAUUAGAUAGUUCUAGACAGCAAGCAUUGGCAAAGGCUCAAAGGCUUAAUCCUGGUUGCCAGGUUUGGUCAACAGGCCUUCACUGGCUAAUGGAAAAUGGAGUUGAGGCAGUUGUUGAUAUGAUUAAGGAGGGUGGUAGUAAACAACUCGUUGUAAUCACUAGAAGCCGGGAGGAUUGCAAAACAGAAUGUGCAACAGUGUUAAGAAAAAUUGUUCAAGUGAUAAGCGAAACUAAAGUAGAGUUUUGUCACCGACUAUCACCAUCUCUUUACCUCCUUCAUCCUGAAGAAUUGAUGGGGAAUAAAUUCCCAACUUUAGUCAGAUCAUCCAUGCGGUAUUCUCUUGAAGAAGUCAUUGAUGGCUGGAAGAAGAAUAAAAAACAUGUUCUCAGUGCAGACAGCAAAAGAAGCAAACCUUUAUUGUUGAGAAGUAUUCCAAUUGCACUUUGUACACACUGGAAUGUGUUUUUCCCAAUGGAUACUGAAAUGGUCCGAUUUGCCCUGAAAGACGUUGUUAAUUGGAAACUCAUGGGUCUCAAUCUUGACAUUUCCUGGACUGAGUUGAGCAAAAUUGAGAGUGAUAAUGUAGCUUUUCCUGACCACAAUCUAAAAAAAGAGCGUGUUAUCCAGCUAUGGAUGUCUAACGAGCCAACAUGGCCUUCUAUGGUGGAAGCACUCAGAGAACCUUCCAUUGCUUUGUACAGAAGUGCAGAUGAAAUUUCAACCCAACACAACCUGCCUCUACAAUGCAAUAUUCUUGAUGAAGAAAAUUCGACGAUCCGUCCUAACAAGGAUUUCCUAAAAUCGUUUGCUGAUAUCAUCAGUUCUCGAUGGCAGUGUUUUGCAUCUCCCCUCUCCCUCACCUCAGAGGACAUUGUGAGCAUCAAGAGAGAAACAAGGGGAGCAGAGCCCACCAGACAAGCACUCGUUAUGCUGCAGAAGUGGGCAGCCCACGAGACAGCAACUUAUGGGCAGUUGAGAGAGAGACUUCGUACACGCUCAGUUUUUCAUAUCUAAGUAAACUCCCAUUGACAAUUAGUUCACCAUGCAGGGACUGAGCUUUUUUUGUAGUAAGCCUGGCCCGAAUAUAAUUAUGUAACCAUGAACAUGCACAUACUUUUAUUAUAGAUAGAAAUUACCUCACCUAUAUAUAUAGUCCUCUCUGUGUGUCCUGCAGAUAGAAAUAGUAUAGACGUAAUUUGUAUUUUUUGUGUAUAGAUAAAUUAUAUAUUAUAUAUAUACAGUUA